UGUAAAACACAUUUAGCGAUUAUUUAUUUUUGGCUGUGGCGUGUGUCCGUAGGAUCGAGACCUAGCUGAGCUGAUACAUCCAGAUGGUUUUGUUAAGGUGCGUGUUUACGGAUUCCUGGAGAUUGUGAGUAGGCCUGUAAGGAGCGAGGUUCUGUGGGUCUGUCCUUCAUUAAGGCCCAGUCAGAGGAGAGAAGCGUUUAUCACGACAGACUGAGCUUUCAUAACCCGUGUUCUCGUCACACACACACACACACACACUCGUACACAUAGAGCUAGGACGUAGUAGUGCACAUUGAGCUACUGUGCUGGAAAAACCUCCUCAUUUAGCUUCCGUGACCAUUGGAAAACGGAGGUAAAAACAACAGAGGUGCUAAUAUCAAACUGCAUUAGACGAGCUCCUCAAGAAGUCCUCAACAUGCUAAAAAAUAAUGAAAAAUAUGCCAUAUGUUGGAAAACAUUUGCAAAAUAUAUAUUGUUAUAUACACUAUCAUGACUUGGGAGAAAACAAGAUAACAUAGCUUUAUGUUAAAAUAUUGAUAUGUAUUUCCCUUAAGUAUUAGGAUGAAUUUAUAGUUUUAGCUUCCUUGUAACAAACUGAAUUUGGGUUUGCAGCCCCAGUCUCAGAGCUAGCUUAUCAGACAACACUAGUCAUGACAGUAGGCUACUGUUGAGCCACGAUUAGACAGACAGUUUUUCUUUACGAAAACUGUUGCAAAGGUUUCUUACAGGAGAACUGCAAGUGUGUCUAUGCUACAAAAUGCUACAAAAUGUGCAAAUAUAAAUUAAGAAAAUGACUAUAUUUCAUUUUUGUAUAGCAGCUGUAGACUGUCCAUCAUUGGCUUUGUGAACCUUUUGCUGUGGAUAUGAACCUACUUUUCUUAAAUUUUAAAACUACAGAAGGAAAUUAACUCACAGAGGUCUUGCUGCAGAAACUGCUCUACUUAGCUAUGUGGUAUUUAUGUCAAAUUUUAAGGGCAGGACCUGACUCUGUUAGCAAUAUCAACAUCUAAACAUCAAAGUCCUCUAGUUUGAAGACUACAAGAGGGCUAGUUAAAUAGCUCGAUUCGUCUUACCACCCAUGAAAUAAUUUUAAAAAGUUAAUAAUGCUUCAUGUUUUUGCGCUGGAGUGUUGAAAACAGUGUCAAAACCUAUGAAAGAAAUAACAUCAUCUAUUUUGAGCAACUGUGCUCUGUCCUCCUCUCAGAUAAGUGUGCGGCUCAUCAUCCGUGUAUUGUGGCUGUGGACUCUGACUCGCUGCUAACCCUCACUGGGCUUCAGUGUGCUCCAUGACGCCUCAUAAAAGGUCAGACAGAGGACAGCGACUCCACUUCCCAUUUCUCUCAAAACCUCAGCCCCCAUCGCCACAGUAGAGCUUCAGCUUCCCAGAAUGCACCUCUUCAGCCAGCUGACCCUGGGGUCGGCAGCUGUCAAUCACAUCCUCAGCUGGCUGUGCAGCUUCUGGACAUGGACUGGAGGAUGUGAGGGAGGCCUCUGAGAGGAGCCCUGGCUCUGCAUAUGGGAUCAUCUCUGUGCAUUCAUGGCGGGUAAUUAAAUUAGCUAUCCUUCUCCUAUUCUAAUGCAAACCUCAGGUUGAAUCGCCACCCUGUACGUGAGAGGAAAAGCCUCAGGCAGUGAUAGCCAGACAAAGACAGCCAGCUUUUAUGAAAUACAGAGUUGUACUUUAUUCUAACUGGCUGCUUGUGCUGGUGGUCAUCUGGCAGGUUGAUCUCUACAGCUUCUUCUUUCUCUUGCUGGUGUCAAGGAAAAGGUCAGAUCUUUGCUCACUCUUUUGACACAAAACCAUUUCAUUAUUGAUUUUCAUUGCAGCGAUACAUGGCUAGCAAAAAUACGUUUUUAUUUGAUCUGAUAAAAAUAUAGGUGCCUGAUGACUUUCUUAGCUUGUUUUCACUUUUUUCAUGAACAAAUACACAAACCUAUGCCGUUACAUUCUGUGUGAAGGAGAGGGGAUGUAAGGUGUAACAGGGUGUGAAAGCCCUGUAGAGAGGAUGUAGAGGAGCGAAUGAGGAGUGGAAGUGGCUCACUAGCUUGAGGGCCGCAGGGUGCAUGGUGAGAGUGCGGGGUCACCUUUAUCCAUGCUGUCUGUGCCCAUAGCUGGGAGGCGGAGGCGGAGGGGAAAGGGGGAGAUCUGGGACUCCUGACAGGCUGAACUGAUUUCCUGUGCAGGGUCAUGCCCAGGACAGGCUUGGAGGACAAGGGUUUAGGACUGCGGGGAGCAUGGUCAUGGUAUGGACAACAAGUCUGCUGUUUUUUCCUCUUUUUUUCAGCUUCGCUUCUUUCCAAAAAUGCACACAUCUCUGAGGUUGGUCACAGUUUCACCAUAAAGUGCUUUUUAUAUAAAGUAAGUCUUUUUAUUUUAUUUUAUGUGGCUGGGAUUUUAAUGUCUAUCUUGCUGGAUGGACUUUUUAGUGCAUGAAUCAAUAGACCCCUCAGCAAGCCACAGCACACAGACCUCCACAUUGGAGACUUUGAUUCCUCUGUGCAUAACAUACCCAUAAUCCCCUACAUCUUAAUGCAGUAUUCAUAUAAACAGUGUUACCUGCGGCGGCUCUGAGAUCACAGUGUAGACGUUUUUCCUUUUGCCCACAUUUCUGGAAUGCAUUUACUCAGCUGGGUCCAUGAAUCGAGGAGUGCUCUGCUGCCUCGGGCUAAAGAGGACAUGCUUGUCACGAGAUUUGGGAAACAUAUCCCCCUGUGUGUACAUCUUAAAACUCCCCUCUAACAGAAUUAUGAGCUUUUUUAAUGGUGGUCAGCCAGACAGUUUGAUAUAUGCAAGCCACUACACCUAGACUGAAGUUUAUGGAGAUAAAUACACAGUGGAGUGUGGGAGGGUAAAAAGCAGCACUGUGGUUGUGAUUAACAUGACAGCCUUGUCUUGAAGCCUCUGUGCUCUACUGACCUGAACAUGUUAAUCUAAGUCAUGUUACACAUAAAUGUCAUUAGAGCUUAUAUUUGAGGUCACCAAUCAUUUUCAAUUGAAUAGGAGGUCUUCCUCUCUGUGCAGUCAGGAAUGCCUUUCCAAUUUGUGUCCACAUCAAGACUGGACUUUCUGUUUUGCUCAUGACUGUAAUUUUAUGAGUCUCUCAGGAGAGGGAAGAUGUAGUUUGAUAGUACUUGAAGCACAGAGGAGCAUGAAUAAGAUUGUCGGCACUAUUAAAAGCAAAGUCUUUUUUGUGUUUUUUUUUUUUUUUUUUGACAAGAGCAGUUGUGAGGUUUCACUUUAUUUUAUUCAGUCAUAGAUACAGGUACGACUCUGAACAAUACUAGCAAACGUUGGAGCGAACCUGGAGACACUCCCGUGCCAUCUAACCUUCACAUUUCUCCUUUUCCACAUUUGGAUAUCUUAAUGUGUUUGGUGAGCACUUUAAUAUUUCAGAGGCAGAAAUGGACUCAAAUGGGGCUUGUGAAGCUUCUCAGCCUAAAUGGAUUUCAUGUUUACACACUUGUCCAUCAGCUGAGCAGCUUGCGGCCUCAGGUAUCCGGAGAGAUGGUGAGAUGUCCUCAAAGCCAGCGGUACCGUGUCUGAACUUGGUGAGUGCUCUGUGUUUAGACGGGUUUGUCCAGAUCAGAGAUAACAUGUCAGUACCAAAUGCCUUUUAUCUCAUUACUGCUGAGUCUGACUCUGUCUGAGGACAUUUAGUCAGUUUUGAGCUGUGUGGUCAUAAUUAUCAUCACAAGUAGUUUCUGUGCCAUGGGCAAAACAUACAAACAUAAGUUUUCUGCAUUAAUUUACUUUUUAUUCACUCUUUAGUUUAAUGCAAUUAAAAAUCAAAGACAGAUUUGUAAAUAUUUCACUAAUUACUUUGUUUUGCAAUCACUGUAAGGAUGGAAAUAUCAUGGCCUUUAAAGCAAUUGUUUUUGAUUUUUUUCUCCACCAUUUCUAUUAAACACCAGGUAAACUCAGGAGCAAAAUUUAUAGCUGAACGAACCGGUAAUUACUGCACAGGCCUAUAGUUAAGAGGUACUUUGUUUUUAGACGGGCAGACGGACAAUAUCAUUAAAAUUCUGCGCGAUAACCUCGAGGUGCAAUUUUAAACAAAAUUUGCUUUCAAAGAUGUUAAUUUACUCGGAAGGUGAGCAGCGUUUCUUUUUAUCCAAAAAUGACAGGUCCAGAUUUAUCCUAGAUGAAUGUGGGUCUCUGAACUCCCUAAUGACCCAAAUUAGCUGCUUUUUCUCUGAAGUAGGUUAUUACAAGAGUGGGUUAUCUUCUUUAUGCAGCCUGUUUUCUUGAAAUCUGCGCCCAGGAUCAAAGUCGACUAAUUUUUUAAGGCUAACUAAGGUAAAAUAUCGUUUUAUCUUUUUGUGGUAGAAAAGAAAAGCAAUAAAAACGCGCUAUUAAAAUUAGGAGUUGUAUGUCGCGGUAUAUUUUUUUAAUAAUUGGCUAGAGCCUGCCUUAUAAUAAAGGCUGAUGUUACCUCUUAUAAUGUAUGGGGAAGUCUUGAUUUCUUCAUCGGUAACACACUUUUAACAAUUGAUUUUCAUUUCUUUAUUUUGAUCUCAGUUUGCUUUACAUUUGCAAUACACAUGUUAAUUUUUUUUUUUCACUGACAGUUGCUAAAGUUAAAAAUAAGCGUAAAACAGUUUUAAUCCGUGUUUUUUUUUCAGUGAGAUGUAGGCCAUUGACUCAAUGGAUGAAUGUCAGUCCUCCUUAUGGUCCAAAUAGGCUACUGAGCGCACGCGCCCUGUCUACUUAUUAUGCUUUAAAAUAUAAUAGUAUGAAAUAAAGACGAAUACUCAAAGACACUGAGCUUUAUGUGGUUGAUUUUAAAGCGCUAAAUGAUCGAGCAAACUUCCAAAGGCUUCGUCUGAUAACAUCAGAGGCACAGUAGAGUUGAUUAAAACAUGUAAGUCUAGAGGUAAAAAUAGCUUGAGUCCUACUCGAUAAAAAGGUGAAAUAAAAUACUCAGAUGUCAGUAAAAGACUGUCUUUCGGUUUAAACUGUGUCUUUAUGCGUGUGUAUUUUCGUGCGUAAAAGCUGCGGUGUUCCCGCUGUCAGCUUCUCCUGUCCUGCCCGAUUUACGGGAAAGGCCUCUAACAAUAUAUGAAAUAGGAAUUAAAUGGUUAAUUGGAGGGACAGAAACCACACGUGAUUGAAUUUUUGGCGGAUUAUAUCAGACUUGAGGAUGCUGUAACACACACCACACACACACACACACACACCUCUCUCUCUCUCUCUCUCUCUCUCUCUCUCUCUCUCUCUCUCACUCACUCACUCACACACGCACGCACAGACAGAGUCCUUUCCCGGUUUCACGGGUCUUUGUUUCUGAUCUGUUAAAUCCCACCCACUUGACAUGAACACAGUAGAGAAAAAAAGUCUCUCAGUCAGGCGUCCACUCUAUCAGCGCGCAGUCGCUGUUGUCUAAACUGCUGCCGGAUCUGUAAAAGAUGGACUCGGACAGUUGUUUGCCCUUCUCUUCGCAGAGCAGCAGGAGGACGCCAGAGACCUCUCCUGGACUGGAGCACCGCGGCUCCGGCUCCUUUCUCCCCUGCGAUGAGCUGCAGAAACCCUCGCACCUUCCUCCGCCACCUCCUCCUCUACCUCACCGCCUCGGUCUGCGCGGGGAUCUGUACGCCGCCAUGGGAAGGUUUGGAGAUGCUACGGCGGACUUUACGCACGGCGCUGCCCCGGCCAACCCGCCCGUUUCUCCGUCCAAACACAGCAAGUUCAUGGAGAAUAUAAACCAGGAUCAGAAAGGACCAGCGAUCAGCGGAAAGCCUGCGUUUUACGACAGUAACUCUGAAGGUAAGUACGAUGAUAUCAAAACUUUUCACUCCAUCACCUUCUAAUCUUCCUCAAGUUUUACGUAUUCCACAUUUGAGGGACAACUUUCAACUCUAGAGUCCUGAAAUAAGAAUCAAUUUGUGGCAAAAAGCAACCUUUAAAGUAAUAAUAAAACAUUUGCAUCUACUGAUAAUUUCAAUCAACUACAAGCUACUUCUUUUCACUUUUGUUGAAACUGUUCUUUCUUGGUGUUUUAAGUGGGAUUUGUUUUUAAGCUCCUGUGAAGUGCAGACAAAAACUCAAGAUAUCCUUCUGUCAAGACUGAAUCCAAACUAGUGAAUUGAUUUCACAAAAUAAAAAACUCACCAUGUGCAGGACAAGUGUGUCCAAAUUAAAUACAAGACUAUAUGGGGAUUUUUUUCUCUCUCUCUCUCUCUUUCUUUUUCUUAUUUUGUAUUUGAUCAGAUCAAUUCUGCCCCGUUUUUUUUGGCAGUUUGAUGCAUUUUGCAUUUGAGAAAAUUCCUAAUACAGUCUGAUAACUACACAGAAGUGUGACAUGGUUUUUAACUGCCUGUGCAAAUGAAGCCCUGCUGUGAAAAAAAGUGUCAGGUUUUUCUUCAUUCAACAACCCUUUUUGGAAAUUAUGAGAGGUUAAAGGUCAGUCUGGCAGCAAGUUGGGUGUAUCAUUUGGCAUCUCAUGACCUACUUUCACCUUCAUAAUAUUUUAUUUUAUCUAAUACUCUAAUACUCUUCUUUAAUUUCUUGAAUUCUGUCCAUCUAUUAUAUUUUAUCAUUGAAAAUGGAAUAGAGUCGACUUCUGUCCACAGCUGUACGUUAAAAGGCGAUCAGACAUUCAGGCCUGUAAAAGUGGCCAUCUUGGGAAGAAAAGGAUCAUCUGUAUAUGUUGAACUAAAGCCUGGAGAAAUGAUGUGCUGUUUCUCUUUAUUUAUUGGUGUUGAUGACUGUGCAAAGCAGCAGAGGAUAUGAGCGCUGAUAAGGUCUUUGAGAUAUCUAUGUCCAGAAUAAUAUACAGCAGCCUGAUUCAUGUCACUGCCAAAGAAAGCCAGUCGGCUUUUUUUACAAUUAGUUUGGAUAAUGAAAUCAGCUGUGCGGGCGAGAGGAGACGUUUAUUACUUUUCUUUUUAAUUCAGUUUAAACAUGUGAAGGGAAGCAUGUAUGGUUUCCCUUUUACGCACACCAUGUACGCCCCUACACACACAUUCAUGCUUGUGUGCUAAGAACUUGAAGUAAAUUUUCCUUUGUAAAGUAGUAGGAAAAAUACUCGAAGAUCAUUUGUACUUGUGUGCAAGUGUGUGUGUGAGUGUGUGUGAUUGUGUGUGUGUGUGAGUGUGUGUGUAUUCUUUAUUUGCUUUUUUGAGUUGGGAUCUUGCACCUUCAAAAGGAGACAUGGCUUCCUGUUUUGUCUACAGUUGGAAGAGGUUUAGUGAUGGUGGGGCAGGUCAGCACAUUUAAACCAACUCCAAUCAUCGUCACACUUUGAAGAUCUUCUUGAAUUUGAAACUUUCAUUGACACAGUCACUUCUUAAAGCAGAUUUUCUAAAGUAGUUAGGUUUGAUGUAGUGUAAAUAUAUAUAUAUAUAUAUAUAUAUAUAUAUAUAUAUAUAUAUAUAUGUAUACAUUUAUAACUUUUUUUAUAUUCAACUCAAAAAAAACAUUUUUAGAUUUCUUUUCAACAAUAUAGCACGCCCUAUCCACCAUAUUGCAGACCAAUUCACAUAUAUAUUAAUAUGACAGAAAAUCAGUCUAAAUAAAAUUUAUAUUUUUUUGUUUUCUGAAGCAGAAAUAUGGUAUUCAGAAAAAUUGCAACUUAUUUUUUUUUUUGCACAAAUAAAAUAAAUUACCCAUCAUAAAUUCUUUAUGAUGGGUAAUUUUAUAUGAUGGUAAAUUCUAUAUGAGAAGAAGUUGACUGCUCCCAAAGCUUCAUGGGUUCAAUCGCGCCUUGUUAUUUUGUUUGUAGUAUUUUAAUGCGCCCUUUUAAUAUGAGAGAUGAUAUAUUUCAAACCAAUUCAUAAUGUGAAUUUCAGAUCUCCUUUUUGUAACUGAAUAAAACAAAUGCUGAUGAAUUAUUUCUCUGCGGUUAACAACCUUAAAUGUUCAGCGAAAUGUGUCUGAAACAGAAACAAAUUACUACCGCCUGGAUUGUAGUGUAACAGAAACAGUCCACUGACACACAGCAUGAUAUUCCUUUAGGUUUUGAAUUUAUCCUCUACUUGUCUUUUCCUGCUUUUCUCAUAUAUCUCUGGUUACACUGAGAUGGAGGCAGAGCGGAUGUGGCUCCUUGACAUGGUAAAAGCUACACAAUGUCCUGCGGCCCCCAUUUGCAAUCUUAAAGGAGAAUAUUUUCAGCAUGAACUGCGGUGUGAGUUGGGAUCUAAUGGACACAAGGAAAUUAAUGUUGCAAUGAAAAGUGCUCUCUGUUGGGCCCCCAUAUUGAAUUAAGAGAAUAGCAAAGUAAUGUCUCGGCUGCCCCCAGUGUGUGAGUGCCUGCAGAAAGACGUGGAGUGAUUUUGUUUGGGCGCUCAGGGCUAAACUUAAUGAAAAUGGACAACAACAUCCAAACACCGCAGGAGGGAACGGCCCUUUCCACGGUCUGUUAACAGGAAGGAAAAUAGUGCUUUCACAUUUCCCAUCACUGCUAAACGUUUAGGGCAGAGUGCGUUUAAUAACUGAAAAAAAAUCUGUGCUUUACCAGAAAUGGAUUUCUCAUAUAAUCCAGCGUUGUGUUUCUAUCAGUUAAUCAAUUUUUAUGCAUAUAGCACAAAAUCACAACAAGUUAUCUUUGACACGUUACAUAUAGAUCAGCUCUGUGAUUGUCUGAACUUUUUUUUUUAGAGACCCAACUAAAUCUUUGUUGUUUAACUUCUAAUGUUAAUUUUUCACAAAGAUGUGGCAACAACAACGCACUGAAAAAAUUAUGUGUGGGAAGCCACCUUUAACAUUUCCAGAUAAAACUGAUCAAACUUCUUUUUUUUAAUUUGCCUUGUGGAUUAAAAAUCAAACCAACUCAGAGAGUUAACUGCCUUAUUAUGAGAUUUGUGAGUAAAUUCAAUUAAGAGGCUGUUUGGUUUAAUAUCUGUUGUUUGUUGUUUUUCUCAGGCGUCUCAGUUUUAAGCCUCUUUCUGCAGACUGAGUUUGGGAAUCAAAUUAAGCAGCGUAAAAAACAAGCACAAGACUAAUUUCUUGCAGUGAUACGUCACAUGCUAAAUGUUUGAUGUGAUAGUCUGUCACAGUCAGUUUAGGGACAGUGUAGUAAAUCAUAAUGCUUCAGAUUGUAAAAUCUAAUCACUGUGUUCCAGAUGAAGUUGUUCUCAUCAAAAAAAAAAACAUGGUUGAUCAUUAAGUUAUUAUUUUUUUUACUGGUGUGUCACAUGCCCAGAGACUUGAUUCAAAAAUGUGUCCUCACAGAAGCACCCUGUGAGGGCUUAUGUUUAUUUGAUUUUUUCAUCAGUUUACAUGUCUGUCUGUGUUACUUACUAGGUAAUGCAAAAAAUGCUCAUGGUAUUUUUCUGUGUCCUUCAAACUUCCUGCAAAUUCACACAAGAAAAAUAACCUCACAUGCAUAAAGAUAUACAUCUUUGGUGAAACUGUUUUAGAUAAAUUCUCUUCAACUGAAAAAGCUUUAUAUAUUUUAAUAUUUUUCGACUCUUUUUUUUUCUCCAGGACCUGUAAAGUUAGAAAGCAUAAAAACAAGCAUAACAACAAAUCAGAAUGGAGGAUCAGAUUGAGAUCAUAUGAAUUAAAUUUUUGAUUAAUAUGCCAAAUUGAAAAAAGUAAUAUCAGAACCUUUAAAUGAAUAUCCUUCAAGAUGAUUUACACACUCUAUUACCAUUUAACAAAAAAAAAAAAACAUGGAAGAUGAUUAGUCAGUAAAAAAGUUUAAAUGUUCAUGUGGCUUUAGAGGAAUAUGAAAUAUCUGCUUCAGUUUUCCUGUUUUCCCUCAUCCAUCUGUCUCAGUCAGAGAGAAAGGAGCUCCAAAGACUAUGGGCUACCCUGGUAUCGGCACAGACUGCUGUGGAAAGCUGAAAGAGCCAGGCAGCAGUUUACAUGGAGACUCCAUCGCUGACUCCAUCGACUUAUCUGGCAAAAACAAGAAAAGGCGCAAUCGCACCACCUUCAGCACCUUCCAGCUGGAGGAGCUGGAGAAAGUGUUUCAGAAGACGCACUAUCCUGAUGUGUAUGCGCGGGAGCAGCUGGCCCUGAGGACCGAGCUCACUGAGGCGCGGGUUCAGGUUAGCUAUAGGGCAAAUGCCUAAUAUUUGAUUUUAUAAAAAUUUCAAAAAGACAGAUCAAACAGACAAAAUGCAUGAUCAGAUCGGGAUCUGUUUUUGUUAGUGAACUUUACCGUUUCCCUUUUUGUUUUCUGAAGGUUUGGUUCCAGAAUCGUAGAGCCAAGUGGAGGAAACGAGAACGCUAUGGGAAGAUCCAAGAGGUCCGCAACCACUUUGCUGCUACAUACGAUAUCUCUCUUCUUCCUCGCCAUGACACAUACCAGGUCAGUCUUGGCAGAUCUAUAAUGAAAACAAUGGCAAUAGGUUUAAUGAUUGAAAAAAAGUAAUAAUGCUGCUUUCAUAACUUUCAUUUUUCUUGCUGACUCUAACAUCUGGAGCAGAGUAAUCAAUCAAACUCUUCUCUGUUGCCAACUGCUUUUGUUCCAGAUGCAGAGUAACCUGUGGCCAGGAGCAGCUUCAGGAGGAGGCGGUGGUUCAGGUGCGGGUUGUGUCCUGGGUGCUGACUCCAUCCCCUCAUCUUGCAUGAGCCCGUACCCUCACCCCCACAGCAACCUGCAGGGCUUUAUGGGCAUGCCCACGUCCCCUGGUCACCCCCACCACCACCACCCUCCUCACCAUCCUGGCAUCAAUGGCCUCUACUCACUCCACAGCUUCCCAGGAGGCCUCGGGCCCCCUUCCAUCGAGGGGCCUGAGACUGACUACAAGCCAACGGGCCUGGUUGCACUGCGCAUGAAAGCAAAAGAACCGGGCAGCCUCCUCUCCUGGCCUACAUGACCACAACAGUGCCAGAUCCCCACUAUGCACUGACUGAGCCAAAGCAUAUUACAUUCCCAAUUCAUAUGCAAACCCUGAAGUACGCACCCAGCUCAGCGUUGACUCAGAUAUUCCUCUCAGCAAAUACGUAAACCACCACGGAGACUUUUCGUCAUUCAGAACUUAAUAGAGAAAGAAUUUCAUUUGGAGC